AAAUUAGAUUUAAUCUCCUUUCCGAUCGAUUUUAAAAGCUUACUCUGUUACAUUAGCCUGGUACAUUCUGGGUUUAAUCCUCAAAUUCCUCCUCCCAAACCAAAAGCCAGAAUAAAAUGGUUCCUCUCUUUACCUAAUGAAUUGACCAGUGUGGUUAUACGAGCAGAUUGAAAUGAUUUUGAGUUGGGUCAACCCAAUUGAAGGCCCAUCGGUUCUCAGUCUUUUUCCAAGAGGAAUGAGGGCGCCCCUUAACGUGGGACCCCCCAUAUAUGUAUGGACAGCAUAACCUAGAAAGCCCUACCACCUCUCUCUCUUUCUCAAUGUACUGUGGUUUCAACUAGACAACUAGCUUGCCAAUGUCUGCACCACUUUUCUCAACUGUCUUAAAGCAUAAAACUGAAGAAGCAAAACCAUAAUAAUCUCUACUUUCAGAUUCCUUUCUUGCGAAACCGACAUGGGUCUUAAAGGCUUUGUGGAAGGCGGCGUAGCCUCUGUCGUAGCCGGCUGUUCAACUCACCCUCUCGACCUCAUCAAAGUCCGCAUGCAACUGCAAGGCGAAACAAGCACCUUUUCUCACCAGCUUCGCCCAGCUUUCGCUUUCUCUUCCUCGACUGCUGCUGCCACUUCCAUUCAUCUGCCUCCUCCUCCUCCCCCGCGUCUGGGUCCCAUCUCUUUGGCCUUCCGCAUUGUCCACUCCGAAGGCCUACCCGCUCUCUUCUCUGGAGUCUCCGCCACCGUCCUCCGCCAAACUCUCUACUCCACCACACGCAUGGGCCUUUACGAUCUGUUCAAGCAACGCUGGACCGACCCAGAGACUAAAACCAUGCACUUGACGAAAAAGAUUGCUGCCGGGCUUAUCGCCGGAGGAAUCGGAGCGGCCGUCGGAAACCCUGCUGACGUGGCGAUGGUACGCAUGCAAGCCGACGGAAGACUCCCACAAGCGCAACGCCGUAAUUACAAGAGCGUUUUCGACGCCAUCACACGGAUUUCGAAGCAAGAAGGCGCGGCUAGCCUGUGGCGAGGCUCAUCACUAACGGUGAACCGCGCGAUGAUCGUGACGGCGUCGCAGUUGGCAACGUACGAUCAGAUCAAGGAAGGCAUAUUGGAGAGAGCACUGAUGGAAGACGGGAUGGGAACACACGUGGCUGCCAGCUUCGCGGCGGGGGUUGUGGCGGCGGUUGCGUCGAACCCUGUGGAUGUUAUAAAGACGAGGGUGAUGAACAUGAAGGUGGAGCCUGGCAAGGCCCUACCUUACAAUGGGGCAAUAGAUUGUUUGAUGAAGACAGUGAGAAGGGAAGGGUUUAGGGCCCUUUAUAAAGGGUUUUUACCGACGGUUUCGAGGCAAGGGCCGUUUACGGUGAUUUUGUUCGUGACGUUGGAGCAAGUCAGGAAGCUGCUUAAGGAAUUUUGAUUAAUUGAUUAAAUAUUAAUGGUGACGAUAAAUUAGAUUGGAAUAAUUUAGUUUUACUAAGAUUUUCCUAUUGACAAAUGAAGAUCGAUAGAAUUUAUUGCUACUAAUGUUAUUUUUGGACCAUCGCAUAUUUAUUUUACAACGUCAACAUCAAACGUAAAGUUUGAUGGUUAAGG